GGUCCCGACGAUAAGGAAUAUACUUCGACUAUGCCAUCAAAGAAGUUCUAUUUACCAAUUUAAUCACUCAUCCACAGCCUGUGAAAAAUUAUCCAGGAGUUUACAGGCUGGAAGUUUCCGAGUAAAUAUUACCCUCACUCCUCAACAAAUUUGUUUUGGUGCCGUGUGCAAGGUACGACUCUCUCGUAUGUUGGUUCACCAGCCAUGUACAACAACAUAAACGAGGGACCACACUUUCUGCCUAUGAACUACACUGUGACAGUAAGCCUCGGCGAGAGGUUGACCCUUGAAGUCAAGAAGGUGCCCGGCGAAGACAGAGUUGGUCGAGUGUCUUCUUGGGUAAAGGUUGACGCUGAGGGAAAGGCCGUAGAGCAACUUACAAGUACCGGCGACUUGUCCACAGUGUGGACUGCACCGAGCAGAGCCCGCUUGGACUACAACGGGGUGUACGUCGCUAAUGGAGAGAACACAAAGGCCCCCGGAAAGAAUCGAGGCAUCUUCAGAGUUAUCGUGCGCAGCUGCCCUGAUGGCAUCUACGGUCCCAACUGCGAUUUUGUGUGCCCGAAAUGCCAGAAUGGCGGCGUCUGCCAUGACAUCACUGGGCAGUGUAUAUGUCCACCCGGCUUCAGGGGACAGACGUGCAAUGAAGCCUGUGGCGACGACUUUUUCGGGAAGUACUGUACUCGUCGUUGUUCGGACACGAAUCAAGACAAGAAGCAAAGGACUUGCAGAGGCAUACUCAUGUGCUUACCAGACCCUUACGGCUGCUCGUGCGGCACGGGCUACCACGGCCCUUUAUGCGACGAGACGUGUCCGCCCAACCAAUAUGGAGCUGACUGCAAACAACAUCGAGUAUGCUUCUGCGAGGUGGGCGAGUUCUGCGACGUCUACACAGGCACGUGUCGCCGGGGCCUAGGCAGGUGUCCGGCUGGCUGGAAAAACUCACCAUACUGCGAUCAAAGCUAUCCUCUUCUGAACGAUGCACCAGUUGUUAGUGAUGUAACCAACAAAGAAGCAACAGUACGAUUCCGGGCAUGGCGCCGUGGUACUGAUAUAGGCGAGGGAAAUCCUGUGCGGUAUUGGGUUCAGUACAAGGCUGAAAAUGAAACCUGGAGGAGCACAGUGAUCAACGCAACGCGGACGCCGCAUGCUACAGUGGUAAAAGGACUUCGUAGUGGUACCUUUUACGAUCUCCGCGUAUUAGUCAUCGACGAAGACAACAAGUACAGGGAACAUGGGGCAAACGUGACUCGCUUCAGAACAGCUUGUGGAGAACCACAGCGACCUCCUCAAAAUGUAAACAUAAACAACAGCAGCACGAGCGAAAUCAUCGUCACGUGGACGAACCCCGGCAAGGAGUACUGGCAAUGCUGGAGUGUCAAUGUGGUACUCGAAGUGAAUGACACGCUGGUGGAGUUCAACUUGACUGAGUCGAGUGCGAAGUCCACUGACAUGUACAGGAUACCAACCACUCCCUACACAGCGGUGACAAUCCGACUGCGUCUGAGAACGCCGGACAAUAGAAACAGUUCGUGGACCAAACUACAGCGUGUCACCUCAGCCGAGGACGCUCCUGGAGUGGUGGCCUAUUUAAAACUUCUUCAGAAUGGCUCUCGGAAUGCUACUGUCUCCUGGGGACCACCGGAACAAAAAAAUGGCGUUAUCCGGAGCUAUCAAGUGGUCUACAGACCUUUGGCGCGGCGUGUACAACGAUGUACAGCACUAAACGACCCAGCCACAACGGUGAUGGUGUCACCGAUACGUCGCAGCGUCACCCUGACACCCUUGCAUCCGUACACCAAGUACCAUUUCUCCGUAGCAGCUCUCACCAUCAAGUACGGCCCUGAGAUGAAUGCCACUUUUGACACGGACCAAGCGAUCCCGGAAGGAGCACCAACUAAGCUGAACUACACAAAUACUUCACGGAACACCAACGUGCUAACAUGGGCCGAGGUACCCUGCGAACAACGCAAUGGUCCCAUCACCUCGUACUAUGUGGUAACGGACAGUGAAGACCCUUGGGAGACCGAGCUGCUAGAAAAGACGGUUAGUUGGACAUCGAUAACCUACCAGAACCUCCUGCCUUACACUCAAUACCGAGCCAAGGUGUACGCCGAGAACGGGGCUGGUCGAUCGCCAUUGUUCGCCUCCAUCAACUUUAAAACGCCACCUGCUCCUCCACAUGAACCCUUAGGCCUGGAGUAUGAUCAGCUUUCUCUAGACAGCAUAUUGCUCAAGUGGAAGACUCCAUAUCCGCCAACUGGUGUUCUGGAAAACUACAAGCUCAAACACUAUAACGUUAAGAGACGAGACCAGUUGACUGAGGCUGUUAUCACCCACAGCGUGUGCUAUACGAGAAAUCGAGAACCUCGACCAUGUUACACCAUUGGCGAACUGGAGGUUAACGCAACGUAUUAUUUCUCGGUGAGUGCUAAGAAUAUUGAUACGGACUAUUCACCAUACUCUGUCGAACUAGAAGUGGAAACCAGAGAAAUGGUGCCAGAGGCUCCCGCUAGUAUUAGGUCGACGGAGCAGACUGAGGACAGCAUGAAGAUACAAUGGGACCCGCCUGCCAGCAAGAACGGCGUGCUGAGAGGUUAUAAGCUUAACGCUUCCUUAACCCACACCUUCAAUGCAAUACUGGAAAAGUCUUGGUUCCCCAAGUCGGUGUUGCUAAAUAGUUCGGACCCACAGGAAUUUUACCUACGUGGCCUGUUUCCGGGGUCAACCUACUUGGUCUGUGUCCAAGCGAAAACCAGCGCUGGAUUUGGGAAUGCCACUUGUGACAACUUCAGCACCAAGGCUUCGAUUCCGGAAGUUCAGGUUGAGCCCAAGGUUGGAGCAAUUGUUAAUAAUACAGUUAGAGUUGUGCUGCACCCGGUGAACUUCAUGAAAGGACCAAUCACAGGGUACUACCUGGUCGUACUUCGUGAGGGCGGAACCAUUCCUCGACCCGUCAAGCUUGUCAACUACAGCACCGCGCAAGACAUGCGCCUUGGUUACUACGUUGCAGCCCACCUAACGCCCGAGCAAUUGAAUGAAGCGUUGGACUUUGUUGUCGGCGACGGUGACGUCAUCGGUGGCUUCAAAAACCCACCACUCACCGAUGCAAUGCCGUAUCGCUUUGGUCUGCUCGCCGAGACCAACUUUUCGGGGGAGGUGCUUUACGGGUACAGCCUCACAGCUCCUGUCAUUGUCAAUGGUGGUGGCAGCGCAGCCGGGGUUGGUGUCGUCAUCGGAGCCAUCCUCGUUCUACUCAUCCUCAUAAUCGCAGCGAUUGCACUCACCUUCUACUACGUACGGAAGCGGCAAGCUCUUGCGUAUCGGUCUAGGAGCCCGACAAAGCGAAGCUUGAAAAACCGUCUCUCGAGGCUUUCAAAGUUGGACGAAAACAGCAUGUCCGAAUCGCGCAUGACCUUGAACAUGGAGAGCAGCGACUCGGUCAACAUGACAGUCGUGGCCAACGGUGGCCUUCCGUCGAAGCCUGUCCCCCUGAAGCGGCUUCAGGACCACGUCAUUCAAGGUCAAGCGAAUGGCGUGCUUAAGGAAGAGUACAUGACUACACCAAAGGGACAACUGCAUCCAUGGAACGAGGCGAAAAAGGCUGAGAAUAAGCCCAAGAAUCGCUACGGAAACAUCCUACCAUAUGACCACUCGAGAGUUAAGCUGCUUCCUUUGCCCGACUUCGAAAAUACGGAUUAUAUAAACGCAAGCUAUGUGUCGGGUUACCGAUGUCCACGCAAGUACAUCGCGACGCAAGGCCCCAAGCAGUCGACACUGACUGAUUUUUGGCGAAUGGUAUGGCAAGAAGGCUCGUGUAAAAUCAUUAUGCUCACCAACCUUAAGGAGCAAGACAAGACAAAGUGUGAACAGUACUGGCCAGAGACCUCACAGAAGUACGGCAAAUUUAUGGUGACACUGAUGAAGGCAGACACCCAGGUCGACUUUGUAGUUCGGGAAUUCGAAAUUGCACUGGAAAACAAGACACGAACAGUGGUUCAGUUUCACUUCACCACAUGGCCAGACCAUGGCGUUCCUCUCUACCCAGACGCCCUGCUGCCAUUUCUCAGACGCAUUUGGGAUUUCCAGCCACAUGAUGACCACCCUGUCAUCGUUCAUUGCAGUGGGGGCAUUGGCCGCACGGGAACACUGGUCUUGGUGGACAGCAUGCUUUCUCAAGCAGAGGCAGAAGGUGAGGUGAAUCUCGUAGCCCAUCUCCACACCAUGCGCCAAAGCAGGGUCAACCUAGUCGAGUCGCUGGAGCAGUACAUCUUUGCCUACAUGGCUCUGGUGGAGAUUCUGUGCUCGAAAAAUCACAAGCUCUCCGUCAAAGAGUUCGUGACUUUGUACCAGAAACUUAAGGCCAAGAGUGCAGCAACCGGAAAGAGUGCCAUAGAUCUUGAGUACGAGGAACUAGCCCGAAUAUGCCCACUUCCUGACCCGGAAGAAUACAACACUGCACGGGACACAAGAAAUGCGGCCAAGAAUCGAUCGCCUAAGAUUCUCGCAUGUGACAGCAGGAGGCCCUUCUUAAGCGUCACAGCUGAUGGAUCCAAGACAGACUACAUCAACGCCAUCUAUGUGGAUGGUUUCAAGAGACGAAAAGCGUACCUCGUGACACAACUGCCUCUACCAGAAACGAUCGACGACUUCUGGGAAAUGUUCGCCACCAGUGGGUCUGUCACACUCGUCACGCUCGGUCCUCUCCAAGAUGAGACUACACCACAAUUCUGGCCGAGCCUGAAGACCACAGUCAAAUACGGAAAGGCUGUGGUGGAGCAGACCGACAGUCAAGACUUUCGAGGCCUCUUGGUGCGAACAUUUAAGGUCGUCUACGGGUCGCGACCAGCCCGUAUACUGAAGCAGUUCCACUCACAGUCCUGGAACAGGGCAAGCACUGUGCCAAGUUCCUGCGACCUGGUACUAGAGAUACUGCAACACGUCGACCGGUGGCAGAUGCAAGCCGAAGGAAGAGCAGUCGUGGUGCAAUGUCUGGAUGGCUGCCAGGAAAGUGGUCUGUACUGCGUGUGUGCAGCGAUAUGCGACCAGCUGAAGCUCGAACAAGAGCUCGACGUGUUCCGAUCCGUGCGCAACGUGCGCUGUAGCCGUCCUGAAUUCAUCGUUGACUCGGAACAAUACAGCUUUUGCUAUGACCUGGCUCUCAGCUUUCUGGACACAUUCGACACCUACUCCAACUUCCAGUGAACAAAUAGAGUGCUGCUUAUUUAUGGAUGCCGUUUUUUCUACUCACUGCUCCUAAGGACGCAGAAUCAAUGUAAUAAACAGUUUUAAGUAA